CGAUUUCCGAGCACUAAGCUGUGUUGCUAUAAAUUGGCCACCAGUUUAACUGAAACCAACUUCCUGCAUGAUGCUGACUUUGGUUGGCUGAGAAGCGAAGCGCCCUUCACUGAUAACAUUCAAAUAACUGCACUGAUAAGGGUCGGGUGGGCAACGCCAACGUCGCAGUUUACCGCUAUGGCGGAAGAUAAGCAAGAUUCCCUUCCAGCCUCUGGCGGGUCCUGCUCCUUAUCGAGUUCGGAGAAGACAUAUUCUGACGGAACCGAUGCAGGGGCUGAAGGUGUCGUCUCUGCUAAGCUUAAUGAUAAUUACUACCCAAGAAGGUAUAAGAAGAUGCAGUGCAUCAUCUUCAACAUAAGGAAAUUCUACCACCUGAACGAGGAGGAAAUCGAGAACACAGAAGACGUGCAACGUUUAAAGCUCACCUUGGAGUCUAUUGGCUUCAUCUGUACUUACUACGAGAAUAAGGAAGCGUGGGAGUUGUAUGAUAUUCUCCAGAAAUUGGCAAAAAGUAAUGACGACCUCGCGCAAACGGACGGCUUCCUUUGUUGGAUUAUUACCCAUGGCGACGAACAUACUCUGCACGCGAGUGACAGAGCACUCGAGUUGGAUUCUAUCUUAAAGCCAUUCGCCGGUGACAAAUGCCCAGGACUAUUUGGAAAACCAAAGCUAUUUUUUGUCCAGGCCAUGAACAAGACUUCCAAGUCCAUCUGUGUAGCAGAUGCCUAUGGGGGUCCCGCGUCAGAGCCUGACAUUCCAUGCAGGAUCCCCGCAAUGGCCGAUUUCUACUUGGCCUUCUCUUCUGCUCCAGGCUUCUUUGAAAGCGGGGAUGAGGAAGAUCUCUCCCACUUCGUCAAGAUGGUCACUAAAGUGUUGAAGGAACAUGUUCCCCAGGACCCUGUGCAAGUGGACCUGUCCUCUCUAAUGGCUCGCAUCGUUGACGAAACUCGUGGAUAUUUCGUGGGCGCAAAAGGCCGCUCAGGCCUUCUCUGCUACCAACUUCCCUGUGCCAUGUCAACACUUACUCGUCAUGUCACUUUUUCCAAGCUGCGAUAAUAAUUCUUCUGGGUCAAUAAAUAUUUUUCUCGGCAA